GCCCUCAGCGGAGGCAAAACUGCCGGGCGGCUGCGGGGCCGCUCGGGUGAGCCCAGCUCCUCGGUGCGUUUCCUACGGCAGCGCAGCCUACGGCAGCGUACCGCGGGGCACCGCACCGCGCCCUACGGCAGCGUACCGCGGGGCACCGCACCGCGCCCUACGGCAGCGUACCGCGGGGCACCGCACCGCGCCCUACGGCAGCGUACCGCGGGGCACCGCACCGCGCCCUACGGCAGCGUACCGCGGGGUACGGCACCGCAACCUACGGCACCGCAGCGCUCCCUACGGCAGCGUACCGCGGGGCACCGCAGCGCCCGCGCCCGGCCGGGCCAUGAUGGCGUGCGCCGAGCUGCUGGCCGUGUGUCUGCUCUCAGCCGACCGCGGCCCCGCGCCCCGCCGCCAGCCGCUCCCCAUCUUCCACGACAUUUUCCGGAGAGCUGACAAGAACGAUGAUGGGAAGCUGUCAUUUGAGGAGUUCAAGAACUAUUUCGCUGAUGGGAUCCUGAGCUCGGAGGAGCUGUGGGAGUUGUUCAGUGGCAUUGACAGGCGUCAUUCAGAUAAUGUGGACACGGAGAAAUUGUGUGAUUAUUUCUCAGCGUAUCUUGGAGAAUACAGGAAUGUGCUUUCUGCCCUGGAAGCCCUCAACUCUGCAGUCCUGGCAGCCAUGGACAAAACCAAGCUGAGGUAUGAGACCUCCUCAAAGAUGGAGCAGUUCCUGACCCGUUUCCUGCUGCGGGAAACCAUGCACCAGCUGCAGUCCCUGCAGGCCUCGCUCGAGUGUGCCGUGGACACCGUGGAGGAGCAGGCGGGACGGGAGAGAAAGGACAUAAAGAAAUCUGAGACCUCGCUUGGCCUGAGGUCAGGGAGACGAUGUGGGCGCAGAGGACAGAAGAACGUCUCUCUGUCCCCGACGGACCCUUAUUCUGGGAUGCUAACGACAGGUAUUUGUGUCGAAGACAACAGCCAGUGGAUGGCACAGAUCAACAGGCUCCAGCAGCUCAUCGAGAAACUAGAGUGCAAGAGCCCGCGCCUGGAGCCGCUGAAGGAGGAAGCGAUGUGCAAAGGACGAGAUGCACACAUCCUGGUGGCGAAGAGGCAGAUCUCGGUGGCGACGAGCAGCAUUGAGGAGUUUCGCCAGGCGUUCAGGUCCUACACGGAGGUCACGGCCGGGCAGAGCAGCUGCCUGCACGUGUCUGCCUGCAAGCUGGCGGACGAGGCCUGCUUCAUCCUUUACGAAUUCUGGCAGGAUGUGACUUCGUGGAGAAGCCACUUGCAGUCCAGCUGCAGCAAGACCUUCCAGCGGUCCAUCAUCAGCUUGCUGGAGUCCCCGGAGCUGCUGACCACCAUGCUCUUCCCAGCUUCCUGGUGGAUCAUGAACAGCAACUGACCCUGGGCAGCCGCCUCCAGGACGCCGUCGGCAUGCGAAGGACGCGGAGCCCCCGGCACAGCCGUCGCCUUCCCUCGCCUUCGUCACCUCCCGGCCCCUCUCCCCUCCUGCCGUCCGGCGGGGGCUGCCUGCCCGGCGGCCCUGGCAGUGUUUUACCCUUUUGCUCUUUUCCUGCGAAUUUAUUUAUUCCCCCCCACCA